AUGUCUCUAAUUAUUAAUAAGGAACUAUCUAUUACAGGAAAAUCGGAAAGCAUUUGGGAUCACAUGAGCCACCAAGUGCCGUGCUCCGUAAAUAACUGUGAGACCGGGGACGUUGCAGAUAAUUCGUACCACUUGUAUAAAAGAGAUGUUGAAAUGAUACGAGAUCUGGGCCUCGACUUCUACCGAUUCUCACUUUCCUGGUCGAGGAUACUUCCCACUGGCUUUCCAGACGUUAUCAACGAGGCGGGUGUGAAAUAUUACAAUAAUUUAAUAAACGAAUUAUUGAAAAACAAUAUUAUACCAAUGGUUACCAUUUACCAUUUUGAUUUACCUCAAAACCUUCAGAAACUUGGAGGCUGGACGAACCCUCACAUUGUAGAUUGGUUUGGAGACUUCUCCAAAAUUGUCUUCAAACUGUUUGGUGACAGAGUUAAAUACUGGGUGACUAUUAACGAACCAUAUUACAUAUGCUAUGAAGGAUAUGGAGCUGACAUAUUAGCACCACAAGUUAAUAUAACUGGGAUUGCAGAAUAUUUGUGCGCAAAAAAUGUUCUUGUAGCUCAUGCCAAAGCAUACCAUAUAUACGAUGAAGAAUUCAGACCUACUCAAGGAGGAAAGAUCUUCAUAUCCAUUAACGCUCGCUGGAACGAGCCAGAUAGUGAAGAUCAUAUUGAAGCAGCUAAUGAUGCUAACCAAUUCUUUAUAAUGCAAUAUGCUUACCCCAUAUUUUCUAAGUCAGGUGACUUUCCACCUCGAAUAAAGAGAAUAAUUGCAGCAAAAAGCAAAGAACAAGGUUUCCUAAGAUCGAGACUACCCGAGUUUACUCCUAAAGAAAUUAAAUAUGUCCAAGGAACUUCUGAUCUUUAUGGACUUAACCAUUACAGCACCCAAUUAAUAUACAGAAACAAGUCUGUUAAUGGUUUCUAUAAAAUACCCUCAAUGUAUGAUGAUACGGGGGUUCUCAUAUAUCAAUUGGAUAAAUGGCAACUAAGUAACUCAAGCAUUACUAAGGUAAGAUAUGAAUAACUAAAAUAUAAGUCUAGCGUUUUGUAAUA